AUGGAGGGAGAGGCCGCUGCAGAACAGUUUUCCCUCCCUUCAACUAGAGAUGUCCUAGGUGCUCAUCUCCAUCAGAAGGUGUCUUCAUCUCUCAAUGGGCAUCUCACUGAGGCUAAGAAAAUGGUUUCAGAUGAAUGUAUCCUUGCAGACAAAAUUACAGGUAUGCUUCUGGAGAGGUCACUUAAGGACAUCCUUGCAAUGCUUCAGGAUGAUGCAGUUCUGCUGAGAAACGUGAAGGUGGCACUGGAAGUUUUACGCAAAGCAUACCCAGAGCAAUUGCAAACACCUACAUCUGGCAGAUUUGAAGAGAGACCAGAGCUUUCACUUGAUGGAAUCGGAGAAGUACUUUUUGAGAGAGUUUGCAGUAUUGAGGAAUCUCUGGCUCCACAGAUUACAGGUAUGAUAUUGGAACUAGAUGUCCCAACACUUCUGCACAUAAUCAACACUGAUGGCUCUUUGCUGGAGUCUGCUGUUCAGAAAGCCAAGGAAGUCCUUUUGUCAGAAACAUUUUUAAUAGAAUGUCCUCCUGGCCCUCAUUCACUGUUCUCACACCCAGAGUUGAUACUCAAGGAUGUCAGCUGUCAGUCACAGGGAGAAGUUGAUGACGAACCUGCCCGGGAGAUUUUAGGAGAGCAGAUUUAUGAACGAGUGAGGGGAGUUCAUCCAGAAUGUGCUUCAGAUCUGACAGGAAUGAUUUUAGAGCUGGAGCCACAGGUCAUCAAGCUGCUUCUGCAGGACCAGCAGCAACUGGAGGUGGCAAUAGCCAAAGCUUACACUGAAUGGAAGAAACACUCCUGA